CUGGAAGAAAAUAGGAAAGGAAAGCGACAAGCACAAAGUUAUCCGAAAUAAUUUUAUUUUAUUUGUUCAAUUAUUUUAUUUUAAAGAUGUAAUUUUUUAAUCGAGAUAAAUAAGUGUUUUAUUGUUUACUAUGAUAUCGAGUUAAAACAACAAAGACAUUCAAUUUAUUUGUGUAAAAGUGAAAUUGAAUUUCGAGGCUACAGCUGCAUUAGUCAACAAAGAGUCGAGUAAUGGAUCAGGUGCAAGAGCAGUAUUAGCACUAAUGAAGAAGAGGUAGAGUCAGGAUGUCUUCAGAGGGGCUGCUGGUGCCGGUGGGCCCGCGCGGGGCGCCCAACACCACCACACAGCUGUACGGGCCGCACAUCCGGGGCACACACUGUCCCCCCAUGGACUACAGAUAUGAUCCCAUUAAAGCAACAAUAUGUGCCAUGUACAUUGUGUUUGGGAUUGUCUACACAUUAUUUGGCUACCGCUGCUUCAAGGCGAGCAUGUUCCUGACGGGGUUCACGUUCGGCUCCGCCAUCGUGUACCUCAUCUGCCUGCAGGAGCACCUCAUGCCGCCCUACGGGAACGUCUGCGUGUCGCUGUGCGCGGGCGUGCUGUUCGGGCUGAUCACGAUGCUGAUCCAGUACGUGGGGCUGUUCAUGACGGGCUUCCACACGGGGCUGCUGCUGGCGCUGACCGCGCUCGCCGUCGCCGACCGCUUCAUCACCUCCGCGCCCCCCACCUACUGGCUGUGCGUGCUGUCGCUGCUGGGCUCCGGCAUCUUCUUCGCCGUCGUCAACCUCUACUGGAAGAAAGUGCUGACGAUCCUGGGCACGGCGGUGUACGGCGGCGCGCUGCUGGCCGCCUGCCUCGACUACUACGCGGAGCGGCUGCGCACGCUGCAGUGGGUGUGGGAGCGCGCGAAGCUGGAGCCGUGGGCGGCGCCCUGCGCGGGCUGGGCGGGCUGGGCGGCGCUGGCGGCGUGGCCCGCGGCCGCCGCGCUGGGGCUCGCCGCGCAGGCCGCGCUCACCCGCCGCCAGGUGUUCCACGAGCAGAGUAUAAGUGCCCAGAAGCGGGCGGCGGCGGCGCGGGGCGGCGCGGCGGGCGCGGGGGGCGCGGGGGGCGGGGUGACGCAGCAGCAGCGCGCCGACCUGCGCCAGCGCAAGUACCGCUACCUGUACCAGCUGCGCACCGCGCACGGCGACGUCAUCUCGCAGUCGUACGUGCAGGCCCUGCAGAAGAAGGCGAUGUGCCGGCAGUGGGGGGCCGGCGGGGGCGGCGCGGGGGGCGCGGGAGGGGGCAGCGGCGGUGGCUCCACGCUGCAGAGCGACUGCACGCGGCUCACGGCGCUGCCCGACGCGCUGCCGGACGACGACGACCUGCAGGAGAUCCACCGGCAGUGAGCGCCGCGGGAGAACGAGGCUGGAUCAAGUAUUAUUUACUGAAAAAUCUCUCGACGAAAACAUUAAAAUAAGAAG